AUGAAGAAAAAACAGGUUGUGAUCAGACAAGAAAGAUACCAGAGGAGCUCGAGCAAUCAUAUUACACGAACCGUAAGGUACGCCGAAUGCCAGAAGAACCACGCCGCCAAUAUAGGCGGCUACGCGGUGGAUGGCUGCCGGGAGUUCAUGGCAGGCGGCCCUGACGACACUCCGGCCGCCCUCAGCUGCGCUGCCUGCGGCUGCCACCGGAACUUCCACCGGAGGGAGGUCGAGAGCGAGGUGGUGGCUGACGGUUCUUAUCCCACUUGA